GAGAAGAGGUAUUACAAAUUACAGAUACCUCUUUCUCUCUCUCUCUCCCUUUCUCUUCUCUCCUUUUCUCAUUCUUCUCUUCAUCUUCAAGGUAGUUGAUACAUCAUAUCCCUAAUUUGACCUAUCGGUGUGGCCGCCAUUAUUAUCCAUCACCAUCAAGCCCUGUCUCUCAUCGCCUCUUUCAAUAAUCUCUAACGCACCGUCCGGAUUUUGUUAUUGCUUGUCUGGCUCAACGAGGCGCUAGUAUUAUAUUAUUGAUGUUGUGUUCGAUUCAUACGCGGCCUUCAGAUAUUCGAUAGAUCUGAUUCUAUUUCGUGAUCGGAGGAGGAGGAGGGAAUGUCGCUUUUGCAGAAAAGCGAUUCAAUCCAGAUUCGAGAUGUUUGGAGCGACAAUCUGGAGGAGGAAUUCGCCUUGAUUCGCGUAACCGUCGACGAUUAUCCAUACAUCGCAAUGGAUACAGAGUUUCCUGGAAUCGUACUUCGUCCUGUAGGAAAUUUCAAGAAUAUAAACGAUUACCAUUACCAAACGUUAAAAGAAAACGUAGAUCUAUUGAAAUUGAUUCAAUUAGGGUUAACACUUUCCGACGAAGAAGGAAACCUACCUACAUGCGGCACGGAGAAGCACUGCGUUUGGCAGUUCAACUUCUGCGAAUUCAACGUGAACGAAGACGUUUACGCCAACGAUUCAAUCGAGCUGUUGAGAGAGAGCGGGAUCGAGUUCGCGAAGAACAGAGAAGAAGGGGUCGACGCGUUCCGGUUCGGUGAGUUGAUGAUGUCAUCCGGUCUAGUACUGAAUGAGAACGUAAACUGGGUAACUUUUCACAGCGCUUACGAUUUUGGAUAUUUGCUUAAAGUGUUGACAUGUUCGAAUCUGCCGGAAACGCAGAGUGGGUUCUUCUUAUGGAUGAAUAUGUAUUUUCCGGUGGUUUAUGAUAUAAAGCAUUUGAUGAAGUUCUGUAAUAGUCUUCAUGGAGGAUUGAACAAAUUGGCGGAAUUGUUGGAGGUAGAGAGAGUGGGGAUUUCUCAUCAAGCUGGUUCAGAUAGUUUGCUCACGGCUUGUACAUUCAGGAAGUUGAAAGAUCAUUUCUUUAGCUGUUCACUUGACAAAUAUGCAGGUGUCUUGUAUGGAUUAGGUCUUGAGAAUUGAAUUUUUAUCAUUCAUGUUUCUCUUCAAAUUACUUAAACUCUACUUGUGCCUCUUCUUCUUAUAUAUGUAACAAACUGCAAUCAAGGAAUAAUAUGCAUCCAUAUUGUUAAUUUUUUAUUUUUAAGAUGGAACAA